AUGCGGCGGGUGUUCCACUCCACGCGAGGUCGGAGGUCGCAGUGCCCCGAGGGCCGGACCUGUGGUGGUCGUGGAGGGACCGCCUCCUCCGGGACGUGCACGGUGCACCAGCACACAGACGGCAGCACUUUUGAUGGAGUGCUGUUCCGCUUCGCGGCCCCCUGCACUUAUGUGCUGGCUAAGACCUGCUCGCCCGCUGAAGCCCUGCAAACGUUCAGCGUGGAAGUGGUCAAUGAGCGGGACGGCAACGCGUCUCUGCCAAGAGUCCAGCAGGUGGUCGUGGACGUGGGGGACGUCAGAGUGUCCCUGCUGAACCGGCAGACGCAGCGGGUCGUGGUAAAUGGGGUCUGGAGGAAGCUUCCGCUCAGCCUCGGUCGUGGCGUGGUCAACAUCACGAGCAACCCUGCUGCUGUCAGCCUGGAAACCAGCUUCGGUCUUUCGGUGUCGUAUGACAGUGCUGGUGCAGUCCAGGUCACCCUCCCACCCAGCUACUCCCGUCAGGUCUGUGGCAUGUGUGGCAACUUCAACCACCUCAAAGACGACGACCUGCUCCGACCGAAUGGAACGACUGCAGAAAACGCCACGGCGUUGGCCGGGACCUGGCAGGCCGGGGAAGCCCCCUCCUCCUGUGAAACCGUGCUGGUGCCGGAUCAGUGUGACCCGCUGCAGGAGGCCGAGUAUUCCAGUGAGCUGUACUGCGGAGGCCUGGUCUCCAGCUCGGGGCCCUUCGCUGGCUGCUCCGCAGCUGUCGGAGCAGAGAGCUACUUCAGGGCCUGUUUGGUUAGCAUGUGUUCCAGCCAUGGAGACCCGGCGGCGCUCUGUCAGAUCCUACAGUCCUACACUGGGACAUGCCAGGAGGCGGGAGUAGCUGUACCAGCAUGGAGGAACUCCUCGUUCUGCUCCCCUCAGUGUGCCGCAGACAGCCACUAUAAUUCAUGUGCUGAUGGCUGUCCCGAGGUGUGCUCCGCCCAGGAUUUGCCUGGCUCCUGCGGAAGCUGUGAGGAGAGAUGCGAGUGUGAUUCUGGCUUCAAACUCAGCGGGGGGAAGUGUGUCCCAGAAGGAGACUGUGGGUGCUGGUAUAAUGAAAAACACUAUGAGAAAGGAGAAACUCUCAUGGAGGGAGAGUGUGACAAACAGUGCAAAUGCAUGGGAGAGAAUGAAAUGCAAUGCAGCAGAGUGGAAUGUGGCGACAACGAAGUCUGCAAGGUUAGAGACGGGUUGAAAGGUUGCUUCCCCGUCAGCCCCGCCACCUGCAGCGUGUACGGAGAUCCACACUAUAUCACCUUCGACCACCGGGCCUACGACUUCCAGGGCGGCUGCAGUUACACACUGACGACCACCUGCGUUGAAGGAAGCGCAGUUCAGUUCAGCAUCAUCGGACACAACAAGCAUCCCUCCGUUCAGAACGCCACCAGAUCCAAACUGGAAGCCGUGACGCUUCAGGUCGAAGACCUGCACCUCACCCUGAACCAGUGCAGAGAGCUCUUUGUGAACGACACCCAGUUCCCACUCCCGCACUCAGCCAGCGGCACAUACGGCUCAGUAAAGGUCGACAUGAAGAACAACUUUAUGGUCCUGGAGACGAGUUUCGGCCUGAGAGUGAUGUUAGAUGGAGAGAACAGGCUGUUCCUGCAGGUGGAUGAACGCUACAAAUACAAACUGUGCGGACUGUGUGGCACCUACUCCGGACACCAGGACGAUGACUUUGUGACACCGGGAGGACAAAAGGUCACUGAUCCGUUUUCGUUUGGGGACAGCUGGAAGGUGCAAGACAUCAACGAGUGUAUCGCACAUCCAACUGAGCCGACGACCUGUGAUGAAGACCAGAACAACGUGGCCUACGAUCAGUGUCUGACAAUUUUCGGGGACGCAUUUAGAGCGUGCCAUGAACACAUUCACCCAGGCGUCUACCUCAAUAGCUGCGUGUACGACUACUGUGCCACUGAUGGGGACCCACACACUCUCUGUGAGUCCCUGAAGUCUUACGCAGCGGCGUGCCAGGUUGCAGGAGUGAAACUUCCUAGCUGGGAAAUUGGCACAGCGUGUGUUUGCCCCAUGAAUUGUAACUUUGAUGACCAUCUGUGUGGCUGGGAGCAGCUCAUACAGGACAGUUUUGAUUGGACCAGACAUUCAGGACCCACACCAUCAGAAGCAACUGGACCAAACCAGGACCACACCACUGGAGCUGGUUCCUACAUGUACAUUGAAGCCAGCAGCGUCACCCAUGGAGAUUCUGCGCGUUUAAUGAGCUCAGCCUGCCAUUAUACUGUCCCCGUAUGCCUGCAGUUCUGGUAUCAUAUGUACGGUUCAGCCAAAGCCAUGGCUCUCAACAUCUACCUGCUCAAAGACAAUAGAGCUACAAAGGUCUGGUCCAGGACGGAAAGCCAGGGACCAGAAUGGCACCAGGGGAAUAUUGACAUCAGCGCCUCAAGUCCAUUCCAAAUCAUAGUGGAGGGAAUUCGGGGGUCAAACGAUCAGUCAGAUGUGGCAGUAGAUGAUAUUUCUAUCCACUUUGGGAACUGCUCAGUCUGCAGUCUGGACUGCAGCUUUGACAGGAGCCUUUGUGGCUGGAGUCAGAUGCUGACAGAUGCUUUCGACUGGACGUGGCAGAGAGGGUCCACCCCCACCCUGAUGACUGGCCCCUCGGCGGACCACACAGGGGACGGUCGCUACCUUUACAUUGAGGCCAGUAGCGUCACACACGGGGACACGGCUCGUCUCAUCAGCUCGGAGUGUUGGGACUCCGGUCCUCAGUGUCUGCAGUUCUGGUACCAUAUGUACGGCGCGGCAGACACAAUGGGCCUCCAUGUUUACCUGCUCCAGAACAAAGUGGCUGACGCUGUUUUUUGGCAGAGAAAUAAUCAGGGAGAUAUGUGGCACCUUGCUCAGGUGGACAUCCAAACUACUGGAGCCUUUCAGAUCAUUUAUGAAGGACGACGAGGUUCAAAUGACCAGUCCGAUGUGGCCAUAGAUGAUGUGUUUCUCCAUCGUGGACACUGUGCAGAAUCACAAACAACAAAUACACCAAAGCCUACACCCACAACUACACCAAAGCCUUCAUCAACCCCACCACAGCCUCAGACUACAGAGCAACCACACCCUCCAACAUCAACUCUGCCACAGAACCAAACCGCAGUGCAACCACCGCCCCCAUCAACAACUCCACCACAACCACACACAACAGUCGAACCACACCCGCCAUCAACAACUCGACCUCAGCCACACACAACAGCCGAACCAGCGCCCUCUUGCCCAGAGAACAGUCACUACACCACUUGUAUGCCUGCUUGCGGGCCAACCUGCAGCAGCCUGAACGGCCCACCUGACUGCACUGAGAACGAGCAGUGUGCGCCCGGUUGCGUAUGCAAUGAUGGCUUUGUGCAGAACUGGAGCGUCUGUGUGCCGGUACAAGAGUGUGGGUGUGUGGAUGAGAAAGGCAACAAAUACCAAUUCAACGACAAGUGGUACACCAAUCACUGCCAAGAGAAAUGUGAAUGUGGCAAAGAUGAUGGCAGAGGGAAGAUUAAGUGUGAUGACAAAGAUGAGUGUGGAAGAAAUGCCGUCUGCCUUCAAGAUGAGAAGGGCAAUUAUUACUGCCAGUCAACAGGUUUCGAUGAGUGCACUAUGGAUAGAGACUCUGAGUACAAAACAUUUGAUAGGAUGAGGUAUGACUUUGAAGGAGAGCACUCGUACGUGCUGAUCAGGACCAGAAGCUUACCAAUGAACCUUCCAGAUAUCUACAUCGAGGUUAUUAACAGCCACAGCUCCGAUCACCAUCAGCUCAAAAUCAGAGUGUACAAUCACACCAUGAUGUUCAAGAAGAAUCGAAAGUUAACCAUUAAUGGAGAGACAAGUGAUACUCCUGCCUCACCAGCUGGCGGAUUAGACAUCUGGGAGCGUCGGUCCCGCCUCUACCUGAAGACCGACUUUGGCCUGUUGGUGGAGUUUGAUGGACACAACAGAGCAGAAAUCGUUCUGCCAAGCAUCUAUAAGAGAAGAAUCGGAGGCUUGUGUGGAAACUAUGACGGUCGGAGGCAGAAUGACAGGAUGAAGCCGGACGGCAGCAUGGCCCACAGCAUCAAGGAGUUCGUAGACAGCUGGAGGGUGUGAAGAUGGCACGACGACAGAAAAGAUGACACGCUCUGAAUGAGACAACUCUAAUUCUUCACAACUUUGCACACUUUUUUAACUUUUUUUUAACAUAGCAAGAGUUACACACUGAUCCAUCCUUUUCAAGGAUUUUCA